AUGGCGGCCACGGAGUUAGCACAGCAACAACAAUCUCCUCCAAACUCACAACAACAUGACCGUUCCGAACAAGUAGGAGGACGUCGCAGACCAUUUACAACAUGGAUGAAAAAGUUCACUAAUUUCAAAAGCGGCUCUUCAACUGCAAAUUCCAAUCAAGCCACUAAUGCGAAACGUAAUGGUCAACAAACAAAAGCGAGCUUAAAGAAACAAUCUUCUUCGAAGAAUAACAACCCGUAUCCAGAAUCCGGUCGCAUAAAUGGCACUGCGGCAGCGCCUGCCUCUCGCGAUCGACAUUUGUCAUUUUCAACCGUACCAACCGGUAACUCGGUCAGCACGUCAUCGUUGGAAAGAAGUCGAAGAUCAACUCAAUAUUCUGAGGAUGGACAUCCACCGCCAACAAUUGGAAACAAAUCAGUAGCUCCCACAACGGGCGAGGAACACGAUGUUGCACGAUCAGACAUUGCAGCAUCUCACGCGCCAUCUUCGGGCGAAGCUACAAAUGCUACAAUUGGAUGCGGGGUUAGCACUGGUAGAGGUGCUGAUAGUACAUUUUCUUCUCCGGCACCAUCUGUCAGAUCUUUGACUACAACUCUUACAACAAUUCAUUCUGCUGGAGUUCCCGGCACUACUGUUUCGCACAAUCAUGCCUCGAAUAACACACAGGGUAUUCAAUUCACACAUCAAUUUCCUACCUCGCCACCAGCCACAGCCUUACCCGCACAUUUGGCCCCACAAGGUAGUGGAGGCCACCCUGCAACAUAUAAUACAGCUACAGCAAACAAUCUCCUCACAGAUAACGCAUCUAUUUUGACUUUGGCUUCAUCUUCUAAACGCAGACGCAGGCGAUCUAUGGAUACUGAUGCAUCUGUUCGUGCUUUGGCGCCAUCUUCGGUAUUUGGUGGCAGUCGCGAAAGUCUACCAUUGAGUGUUCUGAGUGCUACAAUUGACGGUUCUACAAUCACAUCUCCAACUGGUCUAUAUCAACCACGCCCUAUCGCAAAUGAGAGAGCUAGCAUUUACUCUUCGACAGGCGUGGCUCCAGCUUUACCAAGUGAGAGGAAUAGUUAUUACGCCAACAAACAAUCCUUGGCAAAUGAUGGUGGAAGUGUGAAAAGUGGGUUACUAGGUCAUGGCAGGACAGACAGCAUCUCUGGAAGUAUUGGUGGCAUGGCUGCUCCAGGAAGUCCACUAGCUAGUCCACGCGAUCCUACAGGCUCUACCGGCAGAUUAAGUCGAAGUAAUUCGGGCUGGGGAGAAAAUGGUGAACUUGUGGUCACAGAUACUGCGCACACUCUAGACGGAGAAGAUACAAAAGACAAAAUUGUUAAAGAGGAAUUGGAAGAAGAGAACGAAAAGUAA